AUAUUCAAUAUGAAAAACAUUUAUUAAAGUAGAAAACUGGCUAUAGCAUGUCCUGUUAGUCUCUUGUUACUUGGAGAUCUUGUUCAAAUUUAAUAAAUUAGGCAUAAUAUACGCAUUUUGUGUUAAGGUUAGAGUAAUUUAAAUUUUAUAUUUUUAACAUUUGUAUACGGAAUGGAUUCGCCUGUAUCUGCAUUUGCAAUGUAUAAAAAUACUAAACAGUCUACACCAAAACACGACAAGAAGAAGAAGAAACGUAAAGUAAAUAAUUCAAACGCACAGAAACCGCUAUCUCGCAUCCUAAACGAUAAUGGGAAAAAUGUUGCUCAAAAAAUAAAAAACAAGCAAAAGAAGACAAAGGAGACCAAAAACAUAAUUAAGAAAAAAACGCACAAGAAGAAGAAGCUUAAAUCAAAUACAAGUAAGAGGGUAAAAAAUGUCGAGAAUAGCUUAAAUCAUUCAGUUGGUAAUGAUACGAUUGAUGAAGAAGAUAGCGAUAGUGAAGAAGUGCCGGUGCUCAUUCCAGCUCCCAUACCAAAUAAUGGUAUAAGCACUUCUUCACAUGAAGAUGAUGUCAACUCAUAUUCCAGUAAUGGUGAGAUGGAAAUGACUCCAGUCACAACAAACAGCUCUGAAGAAGCCUUAAAGGUUUUCAAGUGGAUGAUUGCCCCGUACAGCUAUAGUGACUUCUUUCGAUCUGUUUGGGAGAAAAAACCCUUACAUAUUGUAAGGAAUAAACCUAAAUACUACAAUGAUUUGAUUUCUACACCACUUAUUGAUAAUAUGCUACGGACUGAGAAUAUACAGUAUACAAAAAAUAUUGAUAUUACUUCAUAUGAAGAUGGGAAAAGAGAAACACAUAAUCCUGUAGGUAGAGCUCUUCCACACACUGUGUGGGAUUUCUAUCUUCAAGGCUGCAGUAUUCGACUGCUUAACCCACAGACUUAUAUGCCAAAAUUACAUUUACUGAAUGCUACAUUACAAGAACAUUUCACUUCUUUUGUUGGAGCGAAUGCUUACCUAACACCUCCAGACAGCCAAGGCUUUGCACCACAUUAUGAUGACAUUGAAGCAUUCAUACUACAAGCAGAAGGAAAAAAACAUUGGCGUAUAUACAAACCUCUUAAUGAAGCUGAAUUGUUGCCAAGAGUGUCAUCAAAAAAUUUUUCAGAAAUCGAAAUAGGAGAUCCAAUAAUGGAAGUAAUAUUACAAGCUGGAGACAUGUUGUAUUUUCCUCGAGGAUACAUUCACCAAGGAGUUACAAUUGAUGGGGAACAUUCCCUUCAUGUUACCAUUAGCAUGUAUCAGAAACAAUCAUGGGCUGAUUUGUUUGAGAAAAUGCUCCCAGCGGCAUUAGAACUUGCAAUCAAUGAAGAGCCAGUUUUCCGACAAGGUGUGCCAUUUGAUAUUCAUGACAACUUUGGUCUAGUAUACUCAGACUUGACAACACCAAGGAGAGUAGAAAUGGAAGAAUUUAUGAAAAACCUUUUCCAUAAAAUAAAGAGUUAUCUACCUAUGGACGGAGCUGUGGACCAAAUGUGUAAAAAAUUCCAACAUGAUGCCCUACCCCCAGUUCUAAGUGAUACAGAAAAAGCCUGCACAGUUUACGGAGACACAGAUGUGAUGGCUGAGAAUGGAAAGGUCAUAAAUAGAGUUGAAAUGAGUCUUGAUACAAAAAUAAGAUUGUUACGGAAGAAUAUAUUAAGAAUGGUUUCUGAAGACUCUAUAAAAAUAUAUUAUUAUACUGAAAACUCAUUAGAGUAUCAUGGACAUGAACUAUCAUUCCUGGAAAUUGAUGAGGAAUUAGCUCCUGCGGUUGAAACAUUGAUAACCACAUACCCAGAGUAUGUAUCUAUAGAGAACCUUGAUGUGCCAAAUGAUUCAGAUAAAAUGCAAAUUGCUGAUGCCUUAUGGGCAAGAGGAUUAAUAAUGACCGAAUAUCCUUUAGAUGUUGUAUUUGAUUAAAUAAUUUACAAUAGUUUCAAGUGAUUAGAGGGUCUAUCAUGAAUAUUUGCGAUAUGCGUUUUCGUAACAUCGACAAAAUAUGUAUGUCAUUUGUUGUUGUGUUUUACGCCCGUUGGGGGCGCUGCUGUACAAAUCAAAUACAAUUUUUUCCGAUCAUGUUAUAAUAAACAAGAGCCCAAACCACAUCCAAAGACAUCUGGAUACAGUCAAAGCCACGGACCAGGCUCUGUGAACUGGAUUUUGGCGAAAUCAAAAAGGACCGUCAUUAUAAAAGAAAUUGAAUUAUGAUACUUUCUCGCAAAUGUUCGUACUAGACCCUCAGUCAUUAUGUAUUUGACACACAUUUCAGACAGAGCACAGAUGAUAAUAUUCUAGUAUUUCAAUCAUUAACUAAUUCAUUUGUUUUUUUACGUUAAAUUAAAUGAUUGAAAUUAUUUCACCAGUUUCUGUUUCCAGCUGGGAAAUAAAAGAUUGUGUGUAAAACUUAUCUACUAUAGGUUUCUGAGACCAAGAUCUCUUUAAAACAUAGUGUCCUCCCUGUCAUUAUUUUUGAUAAAAUAGAGAUAUGUUUUAAAUCGAGAUUUUGGUCUUAGAAACCAACAGCUAGUGACAUAAGUUAGUAGAAUAUAUUGUGUGUUUACUGGUUUGUCUGUUUCGCUCCAAAAGUAUUUUGUGCUGCCUUGUGUUUUGAUCUUGUCAGCGACAGAAAUGCCUGUUGAGCAUUCAUUUUGUCCCUUUUACAUUAGUUUUAGCCAUACAAAGAUUUCUUAGGAGUAUAAACCUUUUAUAGUAUCAGAAAUAUUCUCUUAUCAUAGUAUUAGGACUGUAAUAAAUGAU